AUGCCCUCUAGCCCUAAAACCAUUUUAAUUACCGGCUGCUCCGCCCACGGGAUCGGAGCAGCCCUGGCCAUCAAACUCGCCGAGCAGGGUCACUUUAUCUUCGCCACGGCCCGAACGAUCAGGAAAAUUCCAGAGAGCAUAACUUCCCUGGCGAAUGUACAUCCACUCCCGCUGGAUGUUACAGACCCUACCACAAUUUCCGACGCUGUGUGUGCGGUGACGGAGCGUGGCCAUGGACUCGAUAUUCUAAUCAACAAUGCCGGGGCUGGGUAUACCAUGCCUCUACUGGAUGCUGACCUGGAUCAGGCGAAGCAAGUGUACGAGGCGAAUGUGUGGGGUCUGUUACGGCUGGUUCAAGCAUGCAGUGACCUGCUCAUCACUUCCAAGGGACGCAUCAUUAAUAUGAGCAGCGUGGGGGCCGUUGUCAAUACGCCCUGGAUUGGCGUUUAUUCUUCAUCCAAGGCCGCGGUCACACAGCUGUCCGAGACUCUUCGCCUGGAACUGGCUCCCUGGGGAGUCACCGUGGUUUGCCUGAUGGCGGGCACCAUCACCACCGCAUUUCAUGCCAAUGAGCCCGAGGUGGUCUUGCUGCCGACCUCGCGGUAUGCAGCCAUCCGACAGACCAUCUCCGACUGGGCGACCGGACGAGCCGGGCCCAAAGGUUGCUCGGCCGAUGAGUUCGCCGCCUCUACUGUCGACGAUGUACUGGGCAGCACAGGCGGAUUGGUGUGGAAGGGGCCCAAUAGUGCUGCCGUUCAGUUCGUUUCUCGCUGGUGUCCCACCUGGCUUUUGGAUCGCAUUAUGAGUAGUGGACAGGGGUUUAACGAGUUGUCAAAAUCAGUGACAAGCGCUGAGAGACACCCGUGA